AUGUUUAACCCGUACAUAUUAGAUAUCCCAGCUGUAAUUUUUGACAAUGGAUCGGGACUCUGUAAAGCAGGCCUGUCUGGAGAGACUGUACCCCGUCGUGUCAUCAGAUCUGUUGUGGGGCAUCCUCAAGUUAACAUGCCUUUAUCACUACCCUAUCAGAAAAAGUAUGUUGUGGGGGAAAAUGCCUUAUACAAGUAUGAGGCUUUGAAUUUGCACUACCCCAUUGAGCGUGGACUGGUAACGGGAUGGGAAGACAUGGAGAAACUUUGGAAAUAUCUGUUUGAGUGGGAACUGGGAGUAAAAUCCUGUCAACAGCCUGUACUCAUGACCGAGCCCUCCUUGAACCCAAGAGAGACUCGAGAGAAGAUGGCAGAAGUUAUGUUUGAGACCUUCAAUGUGCCUGCCUUCUACCUGUCCAACCAUGCAGUAGCAGCACUCUAUGCUUCUGCCUCUGUCACGGGCCUUGUGCUGGACAGUGGGGAAGGAGUCACUUGCACUGUCCCAAUCUUUGAGGGUUACUCCUUGCCUCAUGCUGUUACCAAGCUCCAUGUGGCAGGAGGAGACCUUACAGAGCACCUCACCCAGCUACUCCUCGCUAGUGGGAAUAUUUCCCCUUACAUACUCAACAAGGACUUAGUUAAUGACAUCAAAGAGAAGCUGUGCUACGUGGCCAUGGAUCCAGACAAAGAGCUGUAUAAGAGGUCAGAGGAGAUCCUGAAAAACUACCAACUGCCAGAUGGGAAUGUCUUCUACAUUGGGGAACAGCUGUACCAGGUGCCUGAGGUUCUUUUCACACCUCACCAUCUGGGCAUCUAUAGCCCAGGGCUCCCAAAUAUGGUUACCAGCAGCAUUAUGAAGUGUGACAAAGACAUCCAGAAGAAUCUCUUUGCAGAAAUUGUACUGUCUGGAGGCACUACUCUCUUCCCUGGGCUUGAAGAAAGACUUAUGAAAGAAUUGGAACAGCUGGCUUCCAGAGGAACUCCCAUCAAGAUCACAGCUUCUCCUGAUAGGUGUUUCUCUGCAUGGAUAGGUGCAUCUAUCAUGACCUCUCUGAGCAGUUUCAAACAGAUGUGGAUCACUUCUGCAGAGUUCAUGGAGUUUGGGACAUAUGUUGUUCAGAGAAGAUGCUUUUAAAGAAUUCAAAGCACAAGGAACAGCUU